ACAAGCUCAUUAACUGAUUAAAACAUGUAUUCUAUUAAACGAAUGUGCCAUAAUCAUUAUAUGUCAAUUUUUAGGAGAAUCUGUAAAAUAGUAGAUUGUACAAAAAAAUAAUAAUAAAGACAAAUUUAAGGGACUGCGCUGGAUGGACAGUGCGACCAAAUUCUUUUGGCGCGCGCCCGAAAUCGGAGCUAAUUUUAGGAGGUAAUAAGUUAAUGUAUAUAAUAUAAAGGUAAUAGUGCGAUAAGUUGGUAGACAUAAAAUAACUACGGGGACAGAUAGAAAAAUAACUUACUAGGUAACAAAAUAGGCGAAAACUUUUUUUAACUGUACAUGUUGUUAAAAUAGUUCCAUUUAGCCAGCCAAUAGGUAAAUUUUUUUUCAUGUCAGUUGUGAUAAUUUCUGCUUGUUCCGAAUUUAGAGCAGCAAUGGUAAAAAUAAAUAUUAGUCAGCCAACCUUAUUGACCACUGCAACAUGAUUUUGUCAAAAGCAGCGACAGUACAAUGACGAUAAUAAUUAGUGUAAAAGAUAGAAAAUAUUUCAAAAGGCUAUUUGACAUAAAAUAUACCUAGUCAGGUCAUAAAUUCUGUCACAUGUCUAAUAAUAUAAAAUAAUUGAAACAAGUUUAUUCAUUAUGUAACCAUUCAUAUACCAAAAUGAACUUAACAAAACAUAGAUUCUUAUGACAAUAAAGUUCAAAAUGACCUCCGUGAUUUUGAAUACAGGCCUUCAAUCUGCGCGGCCAGUCGUCUAUCGCAGCAUGAACGAGGUCCAUGUCAAUAUUCGCGGCUGCCUUAGUCAAGAAUGUCUUGAGUGACUCCAAAUUGGGAUGUGGCUUUGAGCACGCCUUUUCCUCCAAGUGUUGCCAUAUCUUGUAAUCUAACGGACUCAAAUCUGGACUGGAGGAGGGACUGGCCCUCCUCCAGUGCCGGAUGAAGUCGAUUUCACGCGCCGCCAGCCAGUCUUGUGUGCCAUUCGCUCUAUGAGCUGGCGCCGAAUCUUGUUGGAAUACCCAGUGCCUGUUAUUGAACAUGGUAUGAGAAACAGGUUCCACAAGGUUCGUCAGGACUGUAUUUUAAUAUACAACUGCAUUCGUUUUUACACCUUUCUCACAAAAAUGUACCUCUGUUAAGCCCCAAUAAGAAACUCCCAACCAUACCAUGAGCGAGGAUGGAAAAUGACCUCGUUGGACACGCGGAAUACGGUUGCUCGCUUCUUCACUACUGUGUGCGUACACCUUAUCAUUUUGUUUGUUGUAGAUCUCUUCUACGGUAAAAAUUUUUUCAUCCGAAAAAAGAAUUUUCCGAUAUUUCAACAAAGCGCGUCUUUAGUCUCAGGUCCAUUAGACAAGAAUUCAAACGAUGUCCUGUUUUUCUUCGAUAUGCCCGAAGCCAUAAGUCUUCAUUUAACACCCUUUUCACAGUGGUUCUGCUUAAACCCAUCUAAGUGAAACCCUCCCCCUCAUCUAAUCGAAGGGCCAACAGUUUCUGCUUACGUUUGGGAUUUCUUUGAAUUCGCGCCUUCACAGCUUUUAUCACUGCUGGAGUCCUAACAGACCGAGGGCGACCACUUCUUAACCUGUCAUCUACACUAGAGUCUUCAUUGUAUCGUUUGAUGGUACGAUAAACGAAUCUUUUGGUUAUAUUCAAAAUUUUCAGUAUGUCAAAAAUUUUAAUUGGCGCGUAACUGCAACGAUGCAACGCAAUAACUGCAAUACGGUCUUCUUUAUGCGUCCACUCCAUAUUUUAAAAUGAGUAAAAUUCUAAAAAGUAUUCAUUUUUAUUUUCAUGAACAAUUCGAAGUUUGAUCCUGAAGUUUGCUAUUUUACUACUUGCUGGAAUAUAGGUACAUAUAAUUAUGUUGACUAUUCUUUCCAUGAUUUAUUAGAUUAUAGUAUUCAGUUAACACUAGGUAUGUCACUAUAAUUUUAAGGAUACUUAAAUAAUAGUCCAUUUGUAUACUUUUAUAUUUUAUAAUGGGUUUGAUGCCUACAAAUAAAUCAUUUAUUGUUAUAAUGGUAUUUUUAAUGUAUACUUAGCAAAACAUCCUAGUAUGUGAUUACGGUGCGUUAAGUGAUAUUUGCUCAUUGGCUUUAUUUCGUUAAUUAGGACUUAUCAACUAGUUACAAAGUCCGAUUCUUGUUUACUGUUGUUUGAGAUUUAUUGGAAUUUAUUUUUAGAGAUCCUUCUGAUUUGUGAUUGAAGUAGUCAUGUGCUCUUUGAUUAAACAUCGUCCUAAUUUUUCUGUACAACUAAUUAUGAAGAAUACUAUAUCUUUUCUGUAUAGGACAGAAACUGAUAAGAAUGUAUGUCUAGAAAAACGUAAAAAAAUAUACUAUGAUGUUAUAAGUUACAGUUUUAAUUGUAUUAUAAAUCUAUUCUCGCUAAUCCUAAUGUAAGGCUCAUAAGAAUUGGCAACUUCCAAUGAAAGUGCAAGUAGAUAACUAAGUACGUAUAGUGUAUGAAAUUUCUUCUGUCCUCGCAAUUUUGCCAGACAGUUAUCGUCUCUCAUACAUCAAACAGACACACACGUUAACGCCCACAUCCCCACAUACGAUCGCAAUCGGCCAGACUGCUUCGUGCGUCAAUAGUUUUUAACAAAUAGCCGCCGACGAUAACGUCGUAACCCCUGUUAUCUCCUCUCCCGGAACGUCUGCGAACUAUAGGUCCUGUUAGGUAAUGACAAUUGUUAGACGUAUUCGUUGCAUUCAUACUCAAUAUUUAACGAGCUGUCGUCGUCCAUAUAUCUCAUUUCCCAGCACACUGCCGACUGGACGUUAUUGUUAUAACAGUGAUACUCUUUCAACCACUGAUCAUAUUUCAGCGUUGAUAACGAACGAUUAUUUUGUAUGCUAAUGGUAAUUCUGUUCAUUGAUGUAUGCGAUUUGGUGUAACUAAAAAUGUAUAACCGGACAAGUGCCACAUUGAUGCUGCAGACUAUUAUGGUUUUAAUGGAAAAUCAGAAUGGAACUGACGUAACGAAUUUUCCGGGAAGUUUUGGUGAGGUUGAACGUUGCUAUGGGAAAUAUGGAUGUUUCUCAAAAGGUUAUCCGUGGACGGAGAACCGGCCCGACAAUUACUUCCCAAUUCCUCCAGAAUCUAUGGCAAUAAGAUAUCCCACUUUUACAAGACGAAACAGAAAGGUGCCCGUGUUUUUACAAGCUGAUAAUAUUGAUAGAAUAAAGAACGCCAAUAUUGAUCCGAGAGGUCCUUUCUAUUUUAUAUCUCACGGUUUCUUGGAAGGCGGACACAAGCCUUGGAUCCAGGAUAUGACGAAUGCACUUCUCAAUCAAGAAGGCAAUGACGGCGCAUCUGUUAUGAUAGUGGACUGGGUUGGCGGUUCACAACCGCCGUACGGGCAAGCCGUGGCUAACAUCCGACUAAUAGGAGUUAUGACUGCACACCUUAUCCAUAACAUUUAUGAAGUACUGGGAUUGUCAAAUGUUGAUAACUUCCACUUUAUUGGACAUUCCUUGGGGGCACAUCUUGCUGGAUAUUGUGGACAUGCUUUACAAAAGAAAUUCAAUCUAAAACUGGGAAGGAUAACGGGCUUAGACCCUGCGGCCCCAUACUUCAGCAAGACCGUGACUAUGGUGCGUCUUGACCGCUCCGAUGCUAAAUACGUCGACAUCAUACACACUAACGCCAUGCCGUUGUACAUGUCAGGUCUGGGUAUAUCAGAGCCAAUUGGUCACGUGGAUUUCUAUCCAAACGGGGGUUCGAUACAACCAGGAUGCGGGGCCAACGCGGGAGGGGGAGGAGAUCUAGCCCCAGCGGUCAUGAGAAUACUGGGGUGCAAUCAUGUACGCAGCCACGAGAUAUUCGUCGAGACAAUCACCCCGUCCUGCCCCUUCAUAGCCAUGCAGUGUGCUUCCUACGAGGCGUUUCUAGCGGGUAACUGCACGACAUGCGACCAGAAGCACUUCUGCAUCCCCAUGGGAUACCAUUCGUACACGAUGUACAAGAAGCUCCAUGAUGCCGGCCUCGUAGACACUAAUACUAACAUCGCCCUGUUCUCCAUGACUGGGCAUAAUAAACCUUUCUGCCGAGUGCACUAUGAAAUCACGUUAAAGGUCUCAAAUACUAAUGCAAGUAGAACACACGGCCCUGAGUCUGGAAAAGUUUUGAUCACCUUGGUCGACAGAUACAACAAUAGGAGUGAGCACAAAUUCCUUGAUGAUGAACAAAAAUACUACAAGCCUGGAGACAUCGAGAAGAAAAUGAUUGCCGUGAAGGACAAAGGACACCCGCCUCUGUACGUGAUCGUGGAGUGGAAAUACGAGACCAACCUUUUCAAUCCGAUGACUUGGCGCCUAUUGAAAUCACCGAGCAUACAUAUUGAAUAUUUGAAGCUUUCUUCGAUAGAGUACAACACUGACAUUACUGUCUGCCCCAAGUUAAACAAACCAGUGGUUGCGAAUCUGCCAACAAUAAUGAAAACGAAAUAUUGUAAAUUUAGAAAAUAAUAAUGUAUUUUGAAAAUAUCGUCUGGACGUCAUACUUAAAACCAAUGCAAAAAAUUUAAUUACUCAAAGUAUUGUAAUAAUAGUAUUUAUAUUUCUAGGUUAUAUAAAAAAAUGUUUUUUUAUUGUUAAUGUAAAUUAUACUAUUACUUAU